AUGGCGCAAGUAGAGGCCGACCACGACAACCUCCUGGCGGUGCAAACAGCGACCACAUCGACACUUGACUGUCAGAAGGCACAGCUGCAGCUGAUGGCAAGACAUAUUGACAACAGAGGCCGCCGCCGAAACAUGAGAAUCAGAGGUCUACCGGAAGGGGAUGAAUCCCCUGAACAACUCAAGGGCCUACUCACCUCCACCUUUAACGGCCUCCUACACAGACCAAGGGACACUAUAAUUGAAUUUAUGAGAGCACACAUGGCGUUACGGCCUAAAGGCCACUCGUAA